UUCAUUCGACUGGAAGCAACUGGAAAACGAAUGUGAAACCAAAGCACAUCAGCGCUCAGGAAUUGACUCCCAUUCCUGCGUGUGAGAGCCUGACAAUGGCGGUUAGAUUGCAUUUGGAUCCCGGGACAGGCAAGAAGGCCGUUGAGGCCCAAGGGCUUUCCAGGCAGGUCCUCCUGCUUUCGCUGGCGGUCAUCACCUCGUCCUCUCUGUCUGCACUCUCCUUGUACCAGCUGGUGGUCCUAAGCGCUGAGGUGGAGGGCCUGAAAUCUGAAGUGUCUCGCAGGAGGGUGGAAAGGCCGGAGGCCAAGCGUGGUGAGGAGGAUGUGAGUGGCACGAGAAGCAGCCAGACAGAUACUCACCACCCAUUCACCCUGAGGAGGAGGAGGAUGGUCUCUGGAACAGACACAUCAGUUUCACAGUCUUGUCUCCAGUUGUUGGCGAACAAGAACAGAAAAAUCUUCAGGAAAGAUUUUGCCCUGGAGCCAUACACGGGCAUCCCCUGGAUGACUGGCCUGAGGAGAGGCUCUUCGCUGGAGGUGAUAGGAGACAACAUACUGGUCCAAGAGGAGGGAUAUUACCUUGUCUACAGUCAGGUCUACUACAUGGACAGCACAUUUGCAAUGGGCCACGUGGUGGUCCGAAGGAAGAGGACGGUGGUAGGCAACGAGGCGCAGUACGUGAUCCUGUUUCGCUGCAUCCAGCGCAUGGACAGCGCGUUCCCGUAUAACACGUGUUACACGGGAGGUGUCGUGAAGCUGGAAGUCGGUGAUCAGUUGGAGCUGCUGAUCCCCAGGUCCACGGCCAAUGUGUCUCUGGAUGGAGACUCCACUUUUGUCGGAGCUGUCAAGCUGGUUUAAAGUCUGUCACCUCGCAUGAGAGUUGAAGGAGCUGGAAAUCUGCCGGCCUUAAACGUGAGGAGAGACAUUUUGACGCUGUGUGAAUGCAACGCUGGCCCUUGCUGUUUUAGAAUGCGGUUUCUUUUUUUACAAGUUUCGUUUAAUUAUAAUACAACGUGACCCGAUUGAAAAUAUAAGGGAGGAGGAAGGACGGACGGACGGACGUUGUA